AUGUCGUUACACAAGUCCCACUACGCGGAAGAUGCAGCACAGCCGAUGUCCAUAUACUCGUCUCACGAUAUACAGCAGGAGCAACAUCUGCUAGAAGUGCCUAUCGCUUCGAGAAGCAGUAAAAAGGUUUCACGAUCAACCAAAUACCCAGCUGCAGGGAGGAGUUUGUUAGCAAAUUCUCAGGGUGAUCGGAUUGCAUCCUCAUCAGUAUCUGCUACCAAGACUUCGGCCAACAAAUUGUCCCGACAUAGUAUCAACAAAGGAAACACCGGAGAGGAAGCCUAUGUAUUACCGCGCACCACUAGCAGUCCCUAUAUAGCCCGCCUAGAUAGUUUGGCGUCUUUAACGCCGUCACCGCCACCACCAGUCACAGCAUCCUCGAGCAGGUCUCGCUUACCCGUUCCGCAUGGUUCUUCAGGUGGAAACGACGCUGGCUCAGAUAGUAGCCGGAAUGUCUUGCGAAGAAAGGCGCCUUCGGUCCAACAAUACGUAUCAAGCUUGCCUAGACCCGAAACCCAUUCGAAUCGCCGCAUAGCUACGAAAGAUGAUGCAAUGGCAAAGCGAAGUUCGAAAUCUCUCCCUGGGGACCUCCGCCAACCCAGCCCGGAUGCUGUUCAACGUCUUGGCCCACAACCAUUUCAACCCACGAUACUACCAAAGAGACAUUCAGGAGAGCUUCCACCAACUCUGAUUCCCGAAUUAAAAGCCUUAGCUGGAUCUACUGCUUUGAACCGUGCCGCUUCCACAACGCCUCACGCGUCCUCCAUUGGCAGCCCUUCCACCCAGUAUUCCAGCUCCACAGGUAUGUGGGGCGACAGCAGAGACACCACGCCGACAUCUAUUUCUUCUUCUUCGCCAGGGAUCAUUCAGCCCUCCAUAGUCAAGACUCCCCAUAGACUUCGAAAGACAGUACCCUCUCCAUCUACCACGUCAGGGAAGUCAAGAUUCAUGCUCAAGACACCACCAGCUACAGAAAAGACUUUUGGCCCAUCACCAGAAGAGUAUGCAUCUAAAAAAGACAGCAAAAAGCAUUUUCUGCUGCAACAAUAUCCAAAGUCACCUGUGCAAUCGGUACUUGCUCAACCAGCAGAACACGUAUCAAGCCAGAACUCAGAAGAACGUGGAUCAGAGGAUGUAGGAAGAGCUACAGGCAUUGUUGAAUUAUUGGAUGAAUCGAUACCCUACGCCGUAACCUCUGCGCAGGGUUUAGGGUCGAAGGCGCUACCUAGCCGACCAAGUCGGAAAGGAACAGCUGAUUUGGACACGAGAUUGUCACCAAUAGUACAGAGCAAUCUAUCGCGACAAAGCCUGGGAGCCUACAGACGACGCGACUCUAUCGAUAUGGAUAAUGUGGGCAAUUCCAUUCGCGGCAAGCCUCUGGGUCAAGGUAUAAAGCCCGAGUCUUACAAAGAAGCAGCAUCUGCUGUACAACCCCUACACCGUCAAGUGUCUCAGGAACAGGGUGACUUAGCUUCUAAGCCAAGCAAGCUGCCUGUGGUGGUGCGAACUACAAUCCCGACUAAACAUACAUUUUCCAACAAAGCUAGCAGCAAUCAAAAGGGCCAUGAACCUGGGCGAUCGACCAUGGACAAACUUUCAUCCCGGCUGGGCAUGUUUGGUCGGCGGGCUAAAGUGGAUCGCGACGGGACAAGUUUCCAGGAGAGCCGAGAUGUGAGGAAAGGUCCAGCUGCGGGCACCGGUCAUGAGGGUUAUGGCAGAUAUGCACGAAGGGGUAGAAAGAGUUCUGUGGGAAGCGGCAUCAACAGCAGAGAUCAGUCGACAAGCACAGCCUCCCGACCAUCUCUGGGUCGAAAGAACAGUAGAGGCAGUGCAGGCGGAUCUGAUGUCGAUGAAUUUAUUGCCCAAAGGCUGCAGCCUGUCGUCAUCCCUGGUGGAGGACGCCAUGAAGCUCGACCAGACAGCAAUGCUCCAACUAUCUGGCCUCCAUUCGACGGAACCCCCUUUGGCAGUGGGUUGAGCUUUGACUCUGCAGUGCAACUUACGGACGAGCCGCUUGGCUCGGUUGCAACCGACUCUCGUUCGAUGUCUGUAGGGUCGGUAGCUACCGACGCUCCUUCCUCAAUCGCGAUGGAUGCUUGGCCAAGGACGUUCUCAAUGAGUACUUCAAGCCAAAGUUAUCCUGCCCAUGCACCACCGUCGUUGGACGGCUAUAGUACAAGCCAGUCAUCUCUGGUUCAAGACGACGCCCCGAAAGCUUCACUUGGUCGAUCUAUCGAGCGCCCUAAUCUACGAGAUCUCCAAAAGGCCAGCAAAACAGGCAGGAUGUUCAAAUGGAAUUUAUUUCGAAGAAAGGACAGCGCUGAAAAACUGGCCAGAGGUGUUGAAAAGAUUGAUCCUGAGAGUAUGGGUAUGUCGGUUGCAAUUGCAGCAACAUCAGCCGACAAGCCGAUACCGUAUUAUGCCCUUAUGGACUCGGAAAACGAGAACGAGGGCGGGGAUAAUCUGCAAGACCUCUUCCAGCAGAUACAUGAAUCACCAUCUACUGACGCAGAACGAAGUUCUCAGCCACAAGGCCUAGGUCUUCGGCAGCAAUAUGGCCAGUCCGUGCUUCUGCCUUCAAUGCCUACUCUGGAGCAAGAAAAUCCUCACAACGCUCGUUUGAGCUCUUUGCGUGGUGAAGCAGAAUGUAGACCUCAGCCAGUUGAGCUUCCUAUCUCGAACUCAUCACAAUUUACGGAUAACAAGCGGCUACGCUUGCCACAAGUUGGACGUAUUCCAAGAGUGAUUUCAAGACGAGAUCGCCAACACAAGCCUGCUGCCACCUCCUUUUCCCGUCCUUUCCAGCAUGACAACUUUGUCGGAAUUCAGAAAGGUUCCGACAGCGAUACGACACCCAUUGCAGAAACCAAACGACCCAUACUCGGCAUCCAAACAGAUGUACUGCCAAGCCGACCUUUUCAUAGCCCGGAAAGUGGUCAAGCAGCCAGUGCGCCUGUAGGACCACCUAUCACGCGUCCGUUGGGGGAUUUUGUAUCACGUCCUGAGUUCCUUCUCAUCCCUGGCAAGGUGGAGUCUGGCGCUCUAGCCUCUGGCAGCUCUGACACGAUCUUUUCCAUGUCCAAUCUUUCAGAAAGUGCCGAGCACCGUAAUCACACAGAAGAGGAUGAGAUAUGGGAUGAGUAUGACGACCUUUUGGAUCACGUUCUGUCUCCGACGAGUUCUGACCUAGCUCAAGCGCCAUUGGGGCCAUCGUCGAGUCAACCAUUUGGUCACUCCUCGCACCAUGUAGGGGCAUCAGUGCGUCCUGAAUCAUACCUGCGUUUGGAAAGGCUACACAAGGCUGGGAGUACUGCAUACCCUGCUGAGCCGCACUCAGUUUACAUGCCGCAAUUGUCUCCAUUUGGGGGAAAGGAUGGUGGCUACCGUCUGCGACGAUCAAGAAUUGUUGCUGCGCUUCGGUCACAGUCCUCCACAACACCAUCAACCCCACUUGCAACAAACGAUCAUAGCUCGAGUUAUUUACACCAUGGCAUAAGUAGCAACGUGUACGAGCGGCAGUUGGAGGGAAAUGAUAGCAUUCAUCCGGAACUCCUUUCGCCUCUUUCAGAUCCGCCCCAUCCGCCAAUUUCAAGUAUGUCUGGAGUUUCUCAGCAUCAUAGCAAGGCAUUGUUGGAUAUUGCAGAGAGAGAACACGAGGGCCCUGUUGGACAAUCGGAUCUACGCUUUGCUGCGCUGAUGACAUCGCGGUGGUUGUCCUUCGGCCGCGUGCUGUUCUCCCCUGCCCAUAACCUGGUCAAAGCUAGUGCGGGACACCAAAUCCUCGUUAUCGACGGACUCGGAAACGACGACUGGUCGUUUUACUGUGCGGUGACAUACCCCGACUCGGUUGUCUAUGAUCUGAAAGAGACAGAUGUCUCUACUCGAGGGAGCCAAAGUGAGCUUCCCAGAGAUCCUUGGCAAGCGCCGCCAAACUACAAAAGGGCUGAGCUUCCUAACCUGGCAGAGCGUUUCCCCUUCCCUCAGUCAUACUUUGCCGCAGUUGUUUUUCGAUUUCCUGCUGCGAUGUCAGAUAGUGUCCUCAAGCUCGCCUUUUCUGAGUGUAAGAGAGUAUUAAUUCCUGGGGGCCAUCUAGAGCUCAGCCUUGUAGACCUUGAUAUUGUCAACAUGGGAACUGUUACAAGGCAUGCAAUCCGCAAUCUGAAGGCGAGGAUGUUGGGCGCAGACCCUAACGUGAGUUUGAAGCCGGUAAGCGACAACAUCCAGAAUAUGCUCGGUCAAGGAGGUUUCGAAAAUCUCAAUCGCUGCAUGGUCGGCGUAUCGGUCGCUGGCAAAGUUGCCACAUCCUCAGGUUCACGGUCCUCGCGAUCGAGUCGGGAGUCAUACUCUCAGAAAGGAAAAGACGCAGAUCAAAGCAGCAGCACAGUUGACAGGCGAAAUCACAGAAAUAACGGAUCCGACCGUUCGCGGCAUGGAGGCGGCAACUUUUCCCUGACUGAGCUUGUUUCUGACCAUUCUGCCACAAGCGACGAGAAGAUCACAAAAAUGGUGGCGAAGGUCGGAAGAUGGUGGUACACCCGCAGCUACGAAUGGGCUGUGCUGCCGGGUGGGGAUCUGAAGAAAAGUAUCUGGUGCGACAAAAGAAUGUUGCACGAAUGCAAAGCAAGAGGCUCAAGCUUCAAGUUGCUCAUUGCAUACGCUCAAAAGCCGAUCGAGGCGAGAAGACGGACUUUGAGUGAGCCAAUAAGCACGACUGCCGCAGUGGCUGGCACACGCAUGAUGAACCGACUUGAUAGAGGGCAUCGCCCCAGCAAGACACAAUAA